AUGCCGCCGCACUUCGCGUCCCCGUCCCCGUCCUCGCCCGUCGCCGGCGCUGACGGCGUGCGCCGCGACCUGCUGCUGUACGUCAACGGCCAGCGCCUGCAGCUCGCCGAGAAGGACGUGCGGCCCGAGCAGACGCUGCUGCAGUUCCUGCGCCAGGACCUAAGGCUCACGGGCACCAAGCUCGGCUGCGGCGAGGGCGGCUGCGGCGCCUGCACCGUCAUGGUCUCCAAGUUCGACGUGGCCACGGGCCGCGUGCGCCACAUGUCGGUGAACUCGUGUCUGGCCCCGCUGUGCGCCAUGGACACCUGCGCCGUCACGACGGUGGAGGGCGUGGGCGCGACGGGGGAGGCCACGGGCCUGCACGAGGUGCAGAAGGCGCUGGCCGAGUCGCACGCGUCGCAGUGCGGCUACUGCACGCCGGGCUUCGUCAUGGCGCUCUACUCCAUGGUCAAGCAGCGUGAGACGGGCGCGGAGCUCACGAUGGAGGACAUUGAGCACGGCAUGGACGGCAACUUGUGCCGCUGUACGGGGUACCGCCCGAUCCUGGACGCUGCCAAGAGCUUCGGCGAUGAUGCGGGCAAGGCCCACUGCAAGGGCACGUGUCCGGGCUGCCCCAACGCCAAGAACGGCGCUGCACAAGUUGAUAUUGAAGAUCUACACGGAGACGGCCCCAAGGAGGUCACGAGCUGCUCGUCGCGCAAGAUCCGCGAGCUCGCCAAGCAGAGGAAGCUACGGGGGAAAGAUGCAGACGACCCAGUCGUCAGUGACUCGAAGAAGGCCGAAGCUCUGGCCGUGUCGACGUUCCCCAAGGAGCUCGUGGAGCAGGCGAUGACGCCUCAAGUGCUGCAGAUCGACGGUAAACACGUGCAGUGGUUCGCGCCCGUGACGAUGACGCACCUGCUUCAACUCAAGAGUCAACACCCGGACGCCAAGAUCUCGGUGGGCAACACGGAAAUGGGCAUCGAGACCAAGUUCAAGGGCUUCAAGUACGUGCACUUGAUCAACGUGAGUCGCAUUCCGGAGCUGGUGGCUACGAGAGAUGUUACACCCGAUGAUCACAUCAACCAGACAGUGUUCGCUGGAGCUGAGCCGUUUGAAGGGGUCAAGUUUGGUGCCGCUGUCUCGCUUACCGACGUGAAGCAGCAGCUCUCGGAGCUCAUCAAGACUCUGCCGUCGUAUCAAACGCACGCGUUCGAGUCCAUUGUCAAGAUGCUCAAGUGGUUCGCCAGCACGCACAUCCGCAACGUCGCGUGUAUCGCCGGCAACCUCGUCACAGCGAGUCCGAUCUCAGACAUGAACCCCCUACUCGCUGCCAUGAAUGCGUACAUCGAGCUGCAAUCUACGAGGGGUGCGCGGUACGUGCGAGUGCGGGACUUCUUCCUAUCGUACCGCAAGGUGGGGAUGGAGCAGGACGAGGUCAUCACUGGGGUGUAUGUGCCCUACACGAAGAAAUGGGAGUACAUGCUCCCAUUCAAGCAGGCGCGUCGGCGCGAGGAUGACAUCAGCAUCGUGACCGCCGGAAUUCGUGUGAAGCUCGAGUGUUCACGAGACACCGGAGCUUGGACAAUCCAGGACGCGUCUGCCGUGUAUGGAGGCAUGGCGCCUAUCACGAAGCCCGCGUCGGAAACAGAACACUUUCUUAUUGGCAAGGCGUUCGACCCAUCCACGUUUGAUGAGGCUUGCGAUGUUCUACACUCGAGCGACUUCAAACUCCCCGAUGGUGUUCCCGGUGGUAUGGCGAAGUACCGAGAGAGUCUUUGCUCGUCGUUCCUGUACAAGUUCUUCAUCGCGUCAUCGGAGCGACUUCAGCUGGACUUACAAGCAAACGUGGGGACCGCAUCGUUGCUGCCGGAAGCCCCAGCUGUUGACGUCAAGGAACAGUCUGCAGGCAAGUCGUUCUUGCAUCAUGUGCGUCCUGCUUCGCAUGGAAUCCAAAGCUUUGGCAUGGAGACUGGUGGUCUUCAAGACUCGAAGCACCGGCCAGUAGGCGAUAACACCACCAAGCGCGGACCCGUGGGAGAUCCGCUGAUGCACAAGUCUGCGUACUUGCAAGUGAGCGGUGAGGCACUAUACACAGACGACAUCCCGAACACACCAGGAACUCUCCAUGGCGCGUUGAUUCUGUCUACUUGUGCGCACGGUUUAAUCAAGAGCAUCGACGCGACUGAAGCGCUGGCUAUGGAAGGUGUUCACCGCUUCUUUGACGCCUCCGUCUUCGAGACGGAGAAGCUUGGCUCUAACAAGAUCGGUCCUGUGCUGAAGGACGAAGAGUGCUUUGCUUCGAAGGAGGUGUUGUGUGUGGGUCAACCUGUUGGUAUCAUUGUAGCAGACACGCACGAGUUGGCUAUGGCGGCUGUCGACAAGGUCAAGGUCGUGUACGAGGAAUUGCCUUCGGUGACCACGAUUGAAGAAGCCAUUCGUGAGGAGUCAUUCAUCCUGCCAGUGCAUACCAUUGACAGUGGUAAUGUCGAGAAAGGUCUGACUGAAUCGGACAUUGUGCUUGAGGGCGAGGUGCACAUGGGCGGUCAAGAGCAGUUUUACUUCGAGACCAAUGUGUCGCUCUGUACUCCACAAGAAGGUGGUAUGAAGAUUAUCUCCUCCACUCAGGCUGCGACGAAGGCUCAGGUGUUAGCUGCAAGGGUGCUGGGGAUUAACUCGAACCGGAUCACAAGCACGACAAAGCGUAUUGGUGGAGGAUUUGGUGGCAAGGAGACUCGAACCGUGUUCGUUACAUGCGCUGCUGCUGUCGCGGCCCACGUCAUGAAGCGGCCCGUGAAGUGCUUGCUGGAGCGCCACGUCGACAUGCUAACCACUGGCGGUCGUCAUCCAUUUUACGCCAAAUACAAGGUCGGUAUCAAGCGAGAUGGCACCAUUCUGGCACUAGACGUCGAUCUCUACAACAACGCGGGCUACUCGAUGGAUCUGUCGCUGGCAGUGAUGGAUCGUGCGCUCUUCCACUGUGAAAACGCGUACAAAAUCCCGAACCUUCGCUGCAACGGCACCGUGUGCCGCACCAACCUGGCAACCAACACUGCCUUCCGUGGCUUUGGAGGACCCCAAGGGCUUUUCGUGGCUGAAACGUACAUCGACCACAUCGCGCGCACGCUGAAGCUCAGCUCUGAAGAGGUUCGCUCACGCAAUAUGUACGUCGAAGGCCAAACUACGCACUUUGGCCAGCCACUGGAGGACUUCAACCUGAAGACGCUCUGGCAGCGCACAAUUGAUCGCAGUGGCUUCGAGGCUAAGAAGGCCGAGGCCGAGGCAUUCAACAAUAACAACCGGUGGAAGAAGCGAGGCGUCGCGAUCCUGCCCACGAAGUUCGGAAUCAGCUUCACGUCCAAGUUCAUGAACCAAGGAGGUGCUUUGGUCCAUGUGUACGCGGACGGAAGCGUGCUGGUAUCGCAUGGAGGUGUUGAAAUGGGCCAAGGUCUUCACACGAAGGUGAUUCAAGUGGCUGCACGUGCGUUUGGCAUCCCGCAUGACCAGAUUCACAUCGAGGAGACGUCAACGAACAAGGUGCCCAACUCGCAGCCGUCAGCCGCCUCGAUGAGCACGGAUCUGUAUGGAAUGGCGACGCUGGACGCGUGUGAGCAGAUCCUGGCACGUCUGGCACCUAUCCGUGAUCGAUUGGGCCCAGAUGCUUCGUUUAGUGAUGUCACGAAUGCUGCCUACAUGGAGCGCGUCAACAUGUCGGCUCAAGGGUUCUACAUUGUUCCAAACGAGCGAUGUGGCUACGACUUCUCCAAGUCUGUAGCGGAAAAUAUCGAGAUUGGGACGGCGUUCAAUUACUUUACGACGGGCGUGGCGUGUACGGUCGUGGAGCUGGAUGUCCUCACCGGCGACUUCCACAUGCUGAGCGUGGACAUCCUCAUGGAUCUCGGUGCGAGCAUCAACCCUGCGAUCGAUAUCGGCCAGAUCGAAGGCGCGUUCAUGCAGGGGUUCGGCCUAUUCGCCCUAGAGGAGCUGGUGUGGGGCGACGACGGACACCCGUGGGUGAAGCGCGGCAACCUGUUUACUCGAGGACCGGGAGCCUACAAAAUCCCGAGUGCGAACGACGUGCCGCUGGACUUCCACGUGUGGCUCGAGUCAAACCAGAAGAACAAGUUCGCCGUGCAUUCGAGCAAGGCUGUUGGAGAGCCACCGCUGUUCUUGGGCUCGAGCGCAUUCUUUGCUGUCAAGGAGGCGAUUUACUCGGCAAGGGCGGACGCUGGUCUCCAUGGCUACUUUGAGCUGCGCAGCCCCGUGACGCCGGAGCGAGCUCGAAUGGCUUGUGCUGACGAUAUGCUGAAAAAGGUGUUCACUGCGCGUGGUGCCGACAUGGUUAGCUACCAGCCUAGCGGAAGCUUUUAA